AAAUGACUUUUUUUUUCUGUAACUAUCUAGUUGAAAUAUAUUAAAUGGUUUUAAAAAUUCUACACUAUAUCAACUUUAUUUGACUUUUCAUGAUGACACUAUUUUUUCACAGACGAAUCUCUUUUAAAUAUUACUGGUUGACCAACAACAAAACUUCGUAAUAAGUUUUGUUUGAGUAUUAUUGUUCAGAUUAUUAAAAUGUUUAAAUGCAAUUAAUUCAAAAGAAAGUUGCCAGUGUUUUGGGUGUGGGUGUCGGUGGGUGUGGAUGUUUAGUCUUUUACACUGCCACCCACAUCCGUGAUCUUUUCUUCACAUUUUUCGUUAUAUUCAUAUUAAUAAUGAUGUUGCUCUUCAUGCUGCUUUCCACGAUUUUUCUGAUGGCCGUUAUGUAGAUUUUUGCGCUGCUAUUGUUGAUACUGACGAUGCUCGCGAUCGUUUUCAUGAUGUUCUUGCCGAUGAAAAUGCUUCUACCGAUUAUUGUGCUGAUGCUGCUGCCGAAUAUACAAUUGCUCUUCAGAGGGUUCGUGCAAGCGCUCGUUUAGCAGGUAUGCUUGCCGAAUAUCGUGCUGAGAUUGCUCGUAAUUCUGCUAUUAAUGACUCUGUAACUGCUGAUGCUCAUAUACGUUCUAUUGACGAUACUGCUACUCUUGAGCCUCAUAUACCUUCUGAUCAUGCCUCUUCCACGGCUGAUGUUCAUCUAUCUUCUGUUCAUGACGCUGCUAAUGUUGAGGUUCUUCCUCCUAAUGCACGUAGUGCAUGUUGCUAG